UGCUCCAGGGUCACCUCCAACAUGAAGAUUCCUGCCAUGAUGUCUCUCCUACUGGUGUCUGUGGGCCUCCGAGAUGGGCUUCAGGUGCAAAGCUACUCUAUCACACAACUUGACAUCUUUUCUCAAGAAGCACCCCUGGACAUGGCCGCAGCAUCCUUUGAUGACCAGUAUGCUGGCUGUGCGGCAGACAUGACAGCGGCUCUGCCAGAUCUCAACCACUCAGAGUUCCAGGCCAACAAAGUAUACGCGGAUGGUUGGGCUCUGGCCAACAGCCAAUGGCAGGAGCGCAGGGCCUGGGGGUCAUCGUGGGGCCUCAGCCCAACCCCCUUGCCCCCACCACCCCCGGGCUUCCGGGAUGAGCACGGGGUGGCGCUCCUGGCCUACACGGCCAACAGCCCUCUGCACAGGGAGUUCAAUGCGGCAGUGCGUGAGGCAGGCCGCUCCCGGGCCCACUACCUCCACCACUUCUCCUUCAAGACCCUCCACUUCCUGCUCACCGAGGCCCUGGACCUGCUUGGGAGCCAGGGAUCCCGCGGGUGCCGGCAGGUGUUCAGGGGGGUGCACGGCCUGCGCUUCCGGCCAGCAGGGCCUGGCACCACCGUUAGGCUGGGGGGCUUUGCUUCUGCGUCCCUCAAGAAUGUUGCCGCCCAGCAGUUUGGCAAGGACACCUUCUUUGGCAUCUGGACCUGCCUCGGGGUCCCCAUCAGAGGCUACUCCUUUUUCCCUGAAGAGGAGGAGGUGCUGAUCCCUCCUUUUGAGACUUUCCAGGUGGUCAAUGCCAGCCGACCUGCCCAGGGUCCCGCACGCAUCUACCUGCGAGCUCUGGGCAAACGCAGCACCUACAACUGUGAGUACAUCAAAGAAAAGAGGUGCAAGUCUGGGCCUUGCUGGCUGGAUAGCUCAGCCCCGGGCUCCCUUUCUGCCUCCUGUUCUCUCCUGCUGCUGCUGCUCUUGUUCCUUCUGAGGGCCCUUCCAGAGAACCCAGGUCUCCCGUGACCUAUCAGAUGCUGACUGGCCCUUCCUGAAGGAUGUUGGUCCCCUGUGCGCCUCAAGCAUAGCAUGAUCCUGGGGGAACCAGUGUAACUGCAGGGAACUCUGGGGCCCUCCCUGGCAAUUGCCAGACCUGUUGAUGGAGACAUGGAAGAGAAUUUGGAGAUCCAACCUCACCCAGGGCUGUAGGAAUGGGACUCACUGGAGGUCAGAGGACCCUAGGACAGGCAGACUCACUUGGAGCCAGAUUGCAGUUCAUUGUGGGUGAUAAUGUGGGAGAGCACUCGGCUAUGGGACAUGCUGGGGUCACUUAAAUGCCCCCCAUGUCUACCCGGAAAGCCUUGUUCACCCCUCUAGAAGCCCUUCCUCAUCUCUGCUACCUGGCUAGGUUAUAGUGCCUGCCUCUCUGUUUCUAUUGGUCCCUGAGUUUUCCCUGGUCAGACUGAGUUUCUUAUGGGUAAGGGCUGGGAGGAAGGCACAAAGAAAGUGCUAGGAGCUGUGACAGCAAGAAAGCAGCCAACGCCCGUGCGUGGUGGUCCCUGCACCAGCUCUUCCCGAAACACGGCAGAGCCCUCUAAAUGUCAGCAUGUAAGAACAGGGUGGCUGUGUCUGGCUGUAAGGGUGGACAGCAGGGGAAAUGACAGAAAAUUUUAUGCCUUCUCUCAAGGUUCCUGUGAAACCCCAGUCAUUUAAUCAAUCUAUCCAUUUGCCAUUGUUGUUACCAAAAAUGUAAUUUCUGAGCUGGCAAGAUGGCUCAGCAAUAAGGGUACUUGCCACUCAUAACUUGAGUUUCAUCCCUGGGCCCCACAAGGCGGAGGGAAAGAACCAACUACCCACAUUAUUCUCUAACUUCCACAAAUUUACCCAGGAGGUGUGCACGCACACACCUGUCCACGUGCACGCACAC